AUGUCUACCCGUAGCCAGAGGCCAUCCAACCGCGCAGAUACCAGCUCACGAAUCCCUCACCUUACUGCCCCCAUCAACCAAGUCGGAUGGAUGCCGCCAUCUCGCUCAAACACUCCUACGCAAUCCGUUACAACUAUCGGGGCUCGAAGGGUAGAUCAACUUCCGCGAAGCAGGCUUAGUAACUUCGUUUCCACGUCUCCUCCUACCACCCCCCUACCCCCAUCGCCACCUCUUCCGGCCGUUCGGAUUAUAUCAGACGUGUCUAGGCAAGUAGGCCCACCGCCAACACUUGCACGGAUGCCACCAUGGAUCGGAGUGAAUACAUCAAAUGCUUCCAGUGGCUCUAGGGGUGCAGCCUCGAGCUUGCCUAUUGCAACCUCUAAGGCACGCAGUAUUCGUCCAGUAUCUACGUCUUCUAUCCCUGUAGCACCAAAGACUUUACCUACCACAACCACUCACGGAAACGAUCAAAUUCCUCCUGUAUGCCCUACAAAGGACCAGAAGCAGGCACCAGAGGCCUAUUAUACCACUAGCCUCCAAAUAGACGUUGGAAAGCUGCUGGUGGUUUCCAAGGAGGUUCCAGAGACGGCCCCAGAAUCACUACCUCCAACUAAGUCAUCUAGUUCUGAGAGAAGCUUUCCAAAAUUUUUACCUUUCCAUCUUAAUCCAAAUGCUUGGCUUUCUGCUGGCUCAUCCAAUUCCGAGAAAAUUCCAUCACUACGAAUCUCUAAGCCACGUCUUGAAAAGAUGCAAGAUAUCUUUGACACCAUGAGCAAGGAACUUCAGCUGGAUAUUGAGCGAGCAAGACUAGGUCAACCACUGUCGUCCCGAAAACGCUUACAGAAAGAAACCUCGGCUUUAAACGGGAUCGAUCAGGAACAGCCUUCGCAAGAAACGAUUCCCCUUACCAUUUUAAACAAGGUUGACCAAUGCAGGCAAGAUCGGGUUCAGGUCCAAGAACAGCAAGACGAAAUAAAAGAAGAGAAAGCAAAGAUUGGAGAUUGUUUCAUUUCAACCAAAGCACAGAAUCUAAAUGCAGCGACCAUUUUAAAUGGACAAAUGAAGAACAAGGGAAUGACCGAAGAGAAAUCUGAGGCUCAGAGAUGCGUCUACACCCCGGGGAUCCCCACAUUUCAGGUUCGAGGAGCGAAAGGCUCUUCACCGAAGUACAGUUUUAAAUUUGGUGAUGAAAAUGGUGCUACCUCUGCUCCGCCAUCUGAGGCUGAUAUCGACAAAUCCAAGGACCAAUGUGAUCGUGCCUCUUUUAUGCCAUCCGAAGCCAAUAUCGAAGGCCCCUUUUUAAACAGGGAGGAUUCAGCUCAUGAGGACCAGAAGAUAUCUGAGUCUGUUCCUGGCGUUGAAGAUGAACUUAAAUCAGGCGAUGCCCAACAGUCUCUUGAAUCUACGGAGCGGAAUCCACGAUUUGUACAGUUCAAUACACUCGUGCAGAACUAUAAAGAUGAAUUGAACUCUAGCGGGUUGGGGCAAGCAAUGCAGGGGGAAUUACCCCGGAAGCUUUGGGAGAUACCAGCAAGUACCCUCUCUUCAGGAUAUGCCAUUGAAAUUGGUGACAAUAUUGUCCUAGAUGAGUCUGAAGACUUAAACUCCUGCUCAUCUCCUGGAACCUGUGGCGACUCUCUCCCAUCAUCAGAUGCAUCGGAAUGCGGGAGUCAGAGAAAUAACGCCGCGCCAGGCAGUGAUAUUCCGGAGCUCGAGAAUAUUCAGACCAGACAGAUCGUGAACUAUUGGGAGGAUGAUCUGGUUGCUGUUGAGCCUACUAUUACGUAUUACGUUGAUGACAAUGCUUUGGAGACUGAGGUCUACAUGGAGCAGCCAACUGCACCAGUCGAACAAGCACUCCUGGAAUCUGAGGAUCUGCAGAGAGGACCCAUCGGUGGCAUAGAAUCUCCCAGCCCCGAGCAUCCGUGCUCGGGGGUUCAUGAAGACUACCCAAAAGACGAGGAUAAGCCUGACGCUCCGUCCGAGUUGGAAGCUGAGACAGGCAUCCUAUGCCAUUCGCCAACCCACGAACAAACGGAGAUCCCAGUUGAACCCUUGUCCAAUCAUCAACCCAUCCCAGCUAGUUCUUUGGAGGAAUAUGGGAAUGGCCAAGAAGCCUCCAGGUCCUUGCCAGAGGACACUAGCAGUAAGGAUAUUGUAAUGGACUCCUUGCUCAAUCCUCAAACUACUCCAAUAACCCCCUUGAGAAAUCUUGAAAAUGAUCAAAACGAGCCCAGCCACUUUCCAGAAGACGGUGGUUGUAACCAUAUUGCAAUCAUCCCCGAUAACUCAAAGAAGUUCACCAACUACAACCGAGCAGUCAAGCACGUUGAUAAAGUUCUGUCCUUCGAAGGAGUCGGGAUAAAGUGUUUCGGGGAAGCCAUCCUUUAUCCGCAGAAUCGUAGGGAAGCGCUUGAAAUCGUCAGGCAAGCCUUGCGUACCAAGAGCGUCCCGAAAGAAUGGCAGUGGGUUAUCUUUGUGGAGACGCUGGAUGGGAAGGAGGGAUGUUUGGACGACAGUGCUCUGGAGGUCUUGGGGAAAGCGUUCCUCUUUGUUGUCAAGAUUAGGGCUCUGGGAUGGAAUAUCUUGCGGGACAAUGUGACAAACAUGGCGUUUGAGAGCCAAUUGUACUCUCCUUUCAUGAUUAGAUUAGAUUGCGUCCUUCUACAUAAAGAACCCGGCAUCGAAGCUCUUACAAAAUAUCACUAUUUUUCUACGCUGCCUGAGGAAGGCCGGUCAGUCUACAUAAGUCUAUCAUAUGAGGGUGCUAUUUUCUUCAGAGUGCAAUCAGGACGUUCAAAGUUGCUUGUCACAUUUGGUCAUCCUGGUACCUGGUCUGCACCACGCCAUCGGGCACUGGCGAGUCUUACGGAAUACUAUUUGGUGCUACUACCUCGCAAUGAAGGGGUAAAUGGUCAGGUCAACCAGAUAUCUUCCUCUUUAACGGCGAGGGAUUUGACUAGCCGCAUUGGCGGCAUCGUUCUCCGUGAUUCUUUAUCUCUAAGGUUUACGUCCAUUGAUCGCCUUGGCUCGCUUUCUCUUUUAUAUAUUACAAAGCCGGUCCAUUGCGAGUUGUUGCAAAGGCUCGCAUUGUUUUGGAACUCAUCUCAUGGUGCCAUAAACUGCCAAGGGGAUUGGUCCAAAUACCCGAGAACCUACAUCUCUCUCGCGUCCUUAUUGGAGAAGUCUCCGCAUCUUCGAUCUGGAAAUCUAUACCCGUUUCAGAGGGUUUAUCUUCUCCGGGAUUCACGGCUACUGGCUUUUCUCUUUAUAUAUUGCCUAGAUCUUGCACCUCAUUUCCCACCCCCAAAAGUUGUAGCUUCAAUAAAAAGACCAAGGCGAUUUCAACCCGUCCUGAAGCUUGCAGCCACAAGAUAUGGGGGUGCGGUCAUUCGCCUUCUACCCGCGACCCGACGGAUGAAAAGUGGUAGUGUAGAUUCUGCAGCCCAAGUGACUACCCCGCAUGGUAUUGUCAAGUCCGGGACCAUGGACUCGGACGAUGUACUAAACCAUCUCCGAUGUAGGAAGGUUGGCACAGUGCAAGUGGAGGUAAUCGUGCAGCGGAUUGUCAACGCCAUACAGCUAUGCGCUAAGAAAUUGAGAAUCUUGACAACUUUCGGAGCCUGUUUAGAACGCUAUCUUUUAAACAGGGCUUUCAACGGGCCGUAUAAAGUGAACCGUAACGUUCACGUGUUCAGUACAAAUGUACUGAGUUCUGAGCAGUCUGCUUAUGGCGCGGAUUUAGCUGUCCUAGAGGAGCAGGGCAAGUUACGAUACGUAUACCUACCUCUCCUCCUUCCUGUCGUACGAACGUACACAAAAUUUCACCCGUACAGGCCUCAAAAUUGCCUAAUCGUACAGUACUACGCCUCGUUGGAAUGGGUUUUCUUAGGAGUGUUUGCGGAGGAAAUCAGAGCCUCUAGGUUAGAGGUUGUGAAAGGGCUGGCCACGGCCAAACGGAGGGGGGAUCAAAGAACUGGGGAUGUUGAGAAUUGGCAAAUUCAACUGAGCUCCUGGCAAUAUCAUCUAAGAAGGGAGGUUUUUGGACGUGUAUUUAACGUGUUUCACCAAUGGAUGACUAAGCCACUAAGGGAAAAUACCAGGGGCAGGCCCAUGUUCAAGUAUCAGUAA